CUGUCAGCAGGUCAGACUUGUGGCUGGCUGCUGUCACCAGCAAGCUGGUGAGCUGUCUAUCUGUGGUAAUCAAAUAUCCCCUUACUUUGGUGUCUAAACAUCUUGCAGCAUUUAAUGCAUUGACUCUCACAACAGCCCUUAUGCCCUGUGGGUUCCUGGCAGGCUGGAUUGUGUGAGAGAGCUGUGUGAGCUGUACAAGCAAGAGCUGCCAUGCGUUCAGUUGGGAAGAGGCAUUUUGCCUUCCUCCUGCUCAUCAUCGCCAGGUCUGCAGUGCUACCGGGCUGUCAGGCAAGCAGCUCUACUGAACCCAAGACACAGCUCAGUGAAGAAAACAAUUCAAGUCCCCAGAAGAAGCAAGAGACCUGGUGCACACACAGUAUUACUACUGAAAACAUCAGCGGGUCUGCUGGUAGCAGGGUUCUGCUGACCUGUCCUAGCCCUUCAUGGGAGAGUCUGGUAACAGUAACUUGGAAGAUACGACCACGGAAGGGAGCUCACUGCAGCCUAUACUACAGGGAAGAUACACACACGGUGGGCAGAACAGCCUGCAUUGAGAGACUGAACUGGAAGCCUGAACCAGAGCAGAAUUUUACCCUUCAGCUUUCAUCAGUGGAACUCACUGAUGAGGGCCUUUACAUCUGUGAAAUCGUAAGCAGUGAUGGGAACUUCGACCGAUGCUACCAUCUGACUGUGUUAGUCCCUCCCAAGGUUACCCUGAAUUGUGACAACAAUGGCAGUGUGGUGUGCAAAGCAGCUGCAGGGAAACCAGCUGCACAAAUGUCAUGGGUCCCAGAAAUCCAUCACAGUGGUAAGAAUGAAUCUCACCCCAGUGGGACAGUGACUGUUCUCAGUAAAUAUGUAGCUAACCCCACCAGAGACAGUCAAGUAACUUGCUCUAUCUCUCAUCCAACGGGAAACUGGAGCCAAUCCAUAGACUGCCACUCAGAAAGGAGUCAUUUUUGUCUUCGGUGGAUCUUAAUUCUUUCUGGUCUCCUGAGCUUGCUGCUCGUUUUGGCUUUCAUUGAACUGUGUCUGCCCUAUGAUGGCCGGUUUUGUCACAGAUCCCAAACUCUGGCAACUGGUCCUCCAGACAGCACUUCAGCAGAAACAGCAAUAUAAACCAAGAUGUCACCAAAUUAUGGUCUGUGAAGAGUGUAACAGAAAGCACCCUUUUCUGCCUGCUCUCCCCCCCGGUGUGACAAGAAGCCCCCCUUCCAUCAUAUAUUCCCCU